UUUGUGGACUCCUCCCGUUGUGUGAUGAAGUUCAGAUGCGCGCCGUUGUUCCGUACGCGCGUCACCAGGGGCACAGAGGAGCUUCCCGACGCGAGGGGUGGAUGGAGAAAUGUGUGGAUCACGAUCACGGGAGGCUUUGCACAUGACAUUACCCACCCCUUGCCUCCUCGUUUGACUGACGCCCUUCGACUUUUACAGGAUAUGCCGCCACCCUUUGUGUAAACCGAGCUGCUUUGGAUUCACACAUCCAGCCACCGUGUUUCGUUUCGCGUCUGUCUUCCAGCAGAGAAGCUCUACGGGGCGGCUCGGACCGUAAACAUCGCCUCGGUCCCUGGCGUUUAUGUUGUAGGUUACUCAGAGGAGCCUGAGUGCGUGUUUUAUUUUUUCCCCCCCUUUGAUACAGGAAAUGUUGGCAUGGCUGCCUCGGGAGCACAUAAGUGUCCGAAGAGCGAGAAGUUGGACGAGGCGCAGGCUUUGGCCAAGAGCUGCGCUGGGAGACCAGAUUUCCUGCCUUGUGAUGGACUCUCCAUUUGCGCCACGCACAGUCACGGGAAGUGCUUCAAGCUGCACUGGUGCUGUCACUUGGGCUGGUGUCACUGCAAGUACGUGUACCAGCCCAUGACCAAUGUGUGCCAGCUGCCCAGCACGACCGUGCCGCCUGUUGGCUCAGAGUACAGCAGCACCAUCGACCUGUCCGUCUCUCUGGCCGAGCGCUUCCUGAAACUCGCCCCUUGCUUCAAGUCCCCGCCUCACCUGGAGUCCCCGAAGUACUGCGUGAUCGCGGACCUGUUUGUGGACGACUACAUCGUCAAACGUAUCAAUGGGAAGAUGUGCUACGUGCAGCGUCCCCCGCCUCCUUUGCCAGAGCCGCCUCGUCCUCCUACGCCCCCACCACCUGCUCCAGCUACACCUACGGUUCCCGAAAAUCCCAGCCAGGCUCAGCAACCGCCCAAACCGACACCGUCAACCCAAAACGCACCUGCACCUGUGCAGCCAGUGCAGCAGGUAUAUGGUGAACACAAACACCCCUCCCCACUGGAUAAGGUAAAAGGUCCCAAAAUGGACCACUGUUCCUCUCCGUCAAGCUCCGAGGACUCCGGCAUCAACGCCCUCGGUCUCCACUAUCUGGAGUCCUGUGAGGAGGAGAGCGAGGAGGAGGAGGAGGAGGAUGACGAGUUGAGCACAGAUGGAAACUCCAGCCCUGGGAGCCUCUGGGAUCAGGAUGACUGUUCUCUGCUCUCUCCCUCCAAGUCUAUGAUAGAAAUCAUCGAAAAGAUUGAAACAACUGUGUAACUGACAUGGCAUCAAGGUGGAAUUGAUCUAUAAGGAACAUCUACAGAGCAGAAGCUUAUUAUUGAGAAUAACUCUCAAGGAUUUAUGACAUAUGGACCAGUAGGAAACAAACCCCUCUCUAACGCUUCAGCAGGGCUUCGCCCGGUUGUUUUGGGAUGAAUUUGUUUUCCUGCAGGUGGCCGAGGACAGCGCACCUACAAUCUGAAACAGCCUCUCCUCUGCCCGCAUCCUCUGCACGGAUUGAAUUUGCUGAACUUAUUACAAUAAAGACGGAAGCACAAGAAUAUCAAGAACAUGCACAGUCUACCAAAAAGACCUCCUUUACAUGGUCGUGUGGAGAAAAAUCAAAAAUACAAAAAAGAAUCUAGAGUAGGUGCACAUCAGAGGAAAUAGGAAAACAAGAAAAGGGGGACACUUUUUUUUGUGACACUUCUCUUUAGGUAUAUAUUACUGGAGCUAAAUUAUGUAUGAACCAAGGUGGUAUGAGUAUGUUUCAUGAUGAUAAUGAGCAGUUAGGUAAUUAUUGUGUUCUCCAGUCAGUCAGUCUGUCAGACUUCGGUCCAAUUCAGCAUUCGAGUGGCAGAUAAGCAUGCCGUCCCUUGUUCUCCGGUCAGUGACUCCACCCACACAUAUUAGUAAUUCUGACUCUUCAGCGUAAUAACCACAAGGCCAGCUACCUCUCGUGGGCCUAAAGCACACCGGCCUUUUAACCCCUUAAUUACUCAGCUCUGAGCUGCUCAGAGCAGGCACACCUGCUUUUAUCGCAUUAUUAAAAAGAUUUGUGGCCCACAGUUUGUCUGCACUUUACUGACACCAUCACGGGCAGUAGGGUAGGUAGGUCAGUGUUUGACAAUCAAGAAUUACACAGAAGCACAUUCCUAUACUGAACCUGCCAGUGAAGACCAAGGAUACCCUUAUACCUUCUAAAAAAUGUCUCAGACUUUACAGAAAAUUCUUCUGACCACCUUUUCUGGUCAAGCUGAACUGAACGGCAGUCCCGUUAAGCAAAACAUGACUUGCACUGACCUCUAUUAGCAGCCAAGAAAUUGAAUAGCAUGGACGCGUCUCCAGUACAGCUGCAGUGACAAGGAGGGAAGUUGUCACAGUAGACACAAGUGAGACAAAUAUCGCUGAGGGAACAUAUCUAAUUUAUAAUCUUAUAUUAUAAUAAUAAUAACAAUAAUAAUAAUAAACCUACAUUGUUAACUAGUUUGGGGACUUUUGAGAAUGAAAUGCCUUUUUCGUGAUGACCAAAAGGGGGGUCUGGGGAGGUCAUUCAUUUUUGACUAGUAGGUCACAUCUUAAAAGAGAUUAGAGUGUGAGAUAGGAUGCCUGAAUACCUGUUGUGAUGUUGUGAUUGGCAUAAGAAACGAGUAGUUUAUUAGUCAGAUAGUAAAAUGAAGCUGGGCGGCGUCUUUUAUUUUAAUGUUUAAAAACAUUAUUUUCCAGAGAGCUAUCAGCAAAAAUCACCACAGUUAUCACAAAUAUUUAUGGCUGCAAUGUUAUAAGCACUAGAUGUUUAAAAAAAGAUGAAGAAGAAGAAGAAAAAAAUCAUUUUGCAUGACUGCAUUCACUUGCAGGAUUCCCUCAUGUCAAACUCCAAUUAAAAACAUGCUAUCAAAGAACAAAGAAACCCUGUAUUAGUUAUUAAAACAAGGUGUUUUUAUUCAGGGACAGCCCUAGACAUUACACUGAGCACAGUCCCUCUUAAUGCAGUUGAAGAAAAAUGCAUUUGGUUCUUAUUCUUGUUAUAUUAUUAUUUUCAUAUGAAUAAAUCUUAAUGAAACUCACCUUUUUUUUCUCUUUCCUGGUUCAUCUAUUGUGGACAGCGUGAACACACUCUGUAAAAAGAAAAUUGAAAUCUGUUUUGAAAUGCACUCAAACGUCCUCCACACGACACACUGAUGAUGACUAAUGCUCUCCAGAGCUGGAGUGGGUAACAAGAAAAAAAACAAAGUAAAGUAAAGUGAGAGAUACACUCGAACUGAGUCACUAUUUCAGCUGUGGAUGUCUGAUCUAAACUGUGUUGAGGUAUGUAUCUUACAUUCCUGCCUCUGAAAGCUUUAAUUACUUUGUGCUGCACAUUUUAAACAUUUUAAAGGGGGAGGAAAAACAUCGGGAGUAGGUUGUAGUGGAAGAUUUAAGAUUGGACACAUUCUUUGCUUCAGCUUUAUGUAAGACAGAAAACACUGAGCUUGUUCGAUGGAGACAGAGACCCCCUCCCAGUUUCCUCUGGGCUUCUGUCGCAGACAGUCUUCUCCACACUUCGUCUAGCAGCAGAUUUUAUGAGAGACCAUGCAAGCUUCUUUCUCACCUUGACUGCAAACUGAGAUUGAUUUCUCCACGCUUCUUUUUCCCCUUGCAUUGUGUCUAUCGAUCCUUUGUGCAGAGAGAGAAAACCAAGGCUUGGAUGAAAUGCUAAUCAGUUUAUAUAAAUGUACAUCCACUAUUCUGCCCAAAGAUGAAGAGGAGAGGAGUGGAAUUGAAUGCUGGAGAGCAGAUGGCAUAGAGUGGGAGAAGAAGAGGAAAACCUGAGAGAGAAUUUGUGGAGGGAGUACAGGAACAGGCAAGAGAUGUGGAAGCUCAAUUAGCGGGAUGAUGAUGAUGCAAGCACAUGUAAAGUCGUAGGAUGGACUUCAUGUGUGCAUACGAGUGUGUGUGUGUGUGUGUGUGUGCGCGCGCUCGGGUCUGUGCAGGCGCACACACAUUUUGUAUGGCGUUAUGAAAUAGUUCCCGUUUUUUUCAAAUGGUACAGAGAGAUUGCAUGAAGAGAUCACUGUUACUGUUAAUCCCUCACAGCAAAGUCAUUCGAUUGGCAGGAACCAUUGAGCAGUGACGGCACGCUAACACACACACACACACACACACACACACGAAGUCACACACCAAAUGAAAAAUAUGCCCUUGUUCAAGGACUGCUUCACAGGCCAGGUUGGCACAGCUUGAGUCACACAAGCUGUAGAGGAAUGUCAGUUUCACUCUUUCCAUUCUGAUGUUUGCACAACCACAUUACUUUCCUAAGGAGACGUCCUUUUAAUUUCAUACAACUCCAUUUUCUCUACAGGGGGCAAGACAAAACAAGCAGAUCCCCAAUACUUAAAAGAGGUUUCAAGUUACAAAAUGAAAACAUGACCAGCAGGGACUCACCUGAGUAGGAGGAGAAGGAUUUUAGAAAUACAUCAAAUACAUCUGCUCUCAUGGGGAAUCCUCAGAAACUUAUUAAAAAUGUUUCUUUAAAAUAGAUGCUAACCUUUUUUUGUGUGUAACUGCAAGCAAAUUAGAAGCAUCACUCCCAGAUACCUCUGUUUAUAAUCU